GCACCGAUGAAGAUCUAGUCCCGCCGAUGCGAGCAUCAGUCAGUGCGGUUCUCAAUCCCCACUGCAAACCUUGUCUUUGCAUCGUCCUUGUCUCCCACUCCCAGCUGCUCUCUCUGGGUCCCUCUGAGCGCAACAAUGAGCAGCGCGUCCAAGCACGCCGCUGCCGCCAAGCUCGGCGAUCUCGCUCGUCUGCCCCUCGACCAGCCAGAGCAAUGGAACGACGUCGAAUCCACCGCUCGAGGACUCGCCGAUGAGUUGCGUGUCAAGGACGUGGAACAGCAGACUCUCCUGGGACAGUCGGUGCUACCCCAAACGAUCACCUCCCUCUUCAAGACCGCGUUCGCUGGCAGCGAGAUACCCAACCCUCGAUCGAAGGCUGCAGUUUACGAGUUAUUACGUGUGGGCGCCAACCUGUGCAUGGACCAUGACGAAAACCGAGGACACUUAUUACGAGCUGGAUACCUGGACACCGUGGUCCAAAUGCUGGAGAACUAUGCACUCCUCAUCCCACCCGCAGCGGCGGAACCUCUACCACUCUCCAUCCCUGAUCUCAAGGUGGUCAAGACGUCUAUUGGGCUUCUCCUUAACGCUAGUAUUGGAUAUGAACUGGUGAAGGCACGGCUCACAUCUAUACGUGCUGCUAUGACGACCUUGAAGCUGUCGAUGGCCCUCUAUCCUCCCGGAUCGUGGCUCACCCAUCCUGAACUGCCGGUGAGCGAGGGCUCGUCCGACUUAGAAGCCACCAUCCUGGAGUCGUGGAAUCUACGGAGCGGGCUGUCUUCGUGGACGUGGAGGAGUCGCCAGUUGUUUGGUGCCGAUGCUCUACCCUAUCUGGUGCGACCGCUCAAGGCCUUCGUCCCGCCAUAUACGGAAACACCGUCCCUCUUCGUCGGGUCGCCUGCUCGCCAUGCGCUGGUGCAACAGGACUAUGACCUUCUAGAAGAGACAUGCGGCCUUUUGGAAUCGCUCUCCUUGGAUGUCGACGAGGUCAGGCUGUCGCUCGGUCGUAUACUCAAGUCUCCAGAUGGCACGGAGGGAGGAGCCGCGUGCUUGAAGGAUAUGCUCGAGUUCCUCGACAAGGGCGACUACCCUCCCUACUGGUCCGCGGAGUCCCCGUCGGAACGCGCGUCGAUGGAGAAGGGCUUGGACAUGUGCAAAGCGGCCGUCGUGAAGGCCGUCGUGGAAGUCGCAGGGGAGCAGAACGAGCUCUGGGACGAUUCCAACCCAGAGAAGCCAGGAGGCGAAUUUGUCGAUACCAUGGUGCAGUGGAUUCGAUCGCAUGGAAGCCUCAAGGAAAGGCAUCGCGAGGAUCUCAUCAUCUGCGCAACGCUCAGUCUCGGGAACCUCGCUACGGGAGACGCACAUUCCAUAGCCCUGGUCAAGCCUCCCGUCGCGCUGGCGCCUAAUCUGGCUCAGCUCCUCGAGCCCUUGACCGAUAUCAAGGUGAAGCACGGCAUAGUGGGACUGCUGAAGCAUCUUGCACAGGCGCAGAGUAACAGGGCUGUUCUGGGUGAGGCGAGCAUAAUAGAGAGACUAGCGUCCUGCCAGAUUUGGGAUGAGAAGGCGGACAUGGCGGAGCGUGUCCAGGUGUCUGCAAUUGGCAUAGCCAAGUACAUGUGCAAUGCGAAUGUCGAGAACGUCUUCUCCCUGAUCGCACAGCCUCAGGACGAUUCGGCAGGCUCGGCUUUGGAUCAGAUCCUAGCUUUAGUGCGUCGAUCGGAUUCUAUCGCCGUCAAGAGCGAGGGUACGCGCGUCCUCGUCAAUGUUGUCAAGUCGCUGUGGUCGAGCGACUCCGCGUCCGACGACAGCGCGAAGGCGCAGAAAAGGCGGGAGUGCAUGGCGGCCGUCGCGAACGCAGCCGGCGCGGCGGCGCUCGCGCAGCUCGUCGGACGCAGCAAGAAGUACCCUAUCUUGAUCAACGAGGGCGUGGUCGCGCUGUCGCUGCUGAGCACACACGCGAACGGAGGCACGCUCGUCCUUGACGCCAUCAUGAACCCUCUGCCGAGUGAAGUCAUCAGGCCGUCGCAGUCGCAGCCCGUGUCUGCUAUCCCAACAGAGGGAUCACCGGACGCCGAGCCUCGCACCGCGCUGGACAUGCUGCUCUCCGUCCUGCGGAACUCGGAUGCCAUGCCUGCGGAGGUGCGGUCCAAUGUGUGUGCACUGUUGGGACAGCUUGGGCGGAAAGGCGUGGUGGGUGAGGACCGUGCUGAGGAUCUGGCGCGGAUGAAGGGCGCCGCGAAGGAGCUUCUGGAGAGACUGGCUGCAGACUCGGAGGGGAGCACGCAGAUGGUGAGUGCCUCCGCUAGACGCGCUCUGGAGGCUUGGGCGUAGUAGAGUUACAGUACAUUGCGAAUGUAUCGGUGCCGUUGUAUGUUGUAUUUUUCAGAUGUGAUGUAUCUUGGUGUAUUGAUAACUACUCACGGAUGUGGAACGUGUGGACGGUAGCGUCAGGCCUCGAGAGGCGGGCCUCCGCAUCGGCAAAUAGGAUCGGAAUCGGCGGGAUCUUCGCCUACUUAACUGUAAACUGGA